AUGGCCGCCUCCGAGGUGCCGCACUGGCUGCAGACCGUUCACAAGAAACGUCUCGCACGCGAGAAUGCCAUUGACAGCUUUCUUGACUCACGCAAAACUCGAUCCGAGAUACCGGUACUGCAGCUCGACGCUUCUGGAAGCACUCAAAGCAGUCCCGGGGCUGUUACAGACUUUGAUGGCGUCGGCGACACCCUGCAAGCGAUUGCUUCUGGCGCUGUGAGCGCGUCAACGCUGUGCGCUGCCCACGUCUACCGACGAACUGGCAUGUUUAGCUCUAUGAUGGUCCGCGAGCUUCUGGCUGAUCUGGGCAGCCUUACCGAGAUUUUAUUCGACCAAGCCACGAAACAGGCAAUCGAGCUGGAUAAGCAUUUUGAAAAACAUGGCAAACUCGUGGGACCCUUGCAUGGUAUCUGCAUGACUUUGAAGGAUCAAUUCGACGUCAAGGGAUUCGACAGUACCCUUGGGUAUGUUGGGCGUGCUUUCAAACCAGCCGUGCAGGACUGUGUUUUGGUGUCGCUCCUGAAGCAGAUGGGAGCCAUCAUCAUCGCGAAAACAAACAUUCCCCAGUCAAUCAUGUCGCAGGGCUUAUUCUUCUUCUUGCAGUGGUGUGAAACUGACAAUCCGCUAUGGGGACUCACUGUGCAUCCGAGAAAUCCCGACUUUACCCCUGGAGGCUCCACGGGCGGCGAAGGCACCCUCUUGUCAUUGAGAGGCACGGUAGUUGGAUGGGGAACGGACAUCGGCGGCAGCAUUCGCAUACCGUCCCAUAUGAACGGCUUGUAUGGGCUGAAGCCGAGUAGUACUCGUUUACCAUACCAAGGUGUACCGGUAUCGACAGAUGGUCAGGAGCAUGUCCCAUCUGUGAUUGGGCCGAUGAGUCGAUGCAUCGACUCGCUGGUAGCUGUAAGUAAAGCCGUCAUUGAUGCGAAACCCUGGGAUUAUGAUCCAAAGUGCGUUCCAAUACCCUGGCGGCAAGACCUUUUCGAAGACGCGCAAUCUCGCCCGUUGCGCAUUGCUAUCAUGACAGACGACGGUGUAGUUCGACCACAUCCGCCUGUAGCGCGUGUGUUGGAGGAUGUCGUGGCAAAACUUAAGCGAGCCGGCCAUGACAUAGUGUCUUGGAAUCCAGGCAGACUGCAUCAGGAAUGCAUCGACAUCAUGGAUCAAUACUACACAGCCGACGGAUGCGAGGACAUUCGGCGAGACAUCGAGGCCGCCGGCGAGCCUUGCAUUCCACAUGUUGAGGCGCUGAUCAACAAGGGCAAGCCUAUAUCCGUCUACUCGUAUUGGCAACUGAACAAGCAGAAAGUUGCAGCACAGAAGCGGUUUCUAGAUCUCUGGAAGUCGACGAAAAGUGCAAAAACAGGGGAAGAGAUUGACGUCCUCCUUACCCCUGUUAUGCCUCACUCCGCAGUUCCACAUCGCAAGUGUCGAUGGGUUGGAUAUACGAAGGUCUUCAAUUUCGUCGACUAUCCCGCAGUUGUCAUACCUGCUGGUCGGGUUUCAAAAGAGUUGGAUGGCGAGGCAUCGACAAAUCCGAAUGCUUACAAACCCAGAAACCCAUUGGAUGAAUGGAAUUGGAACCUAUAUGAUGUGGAUGCAAUGGAUGGCAUGCCGAUUGGUGUGCAAGUUGUUGCGCGCCGACUUAACGAGGAGAGAGUGUUGGGAGCUGCUAAGGCUAUCGACCACGUCCUGAAGUGCUCUUGA